AUGAAGGAGUGGAGCUCUCUCAAGCUGCUGCUUAUCUGCUACACGGCUCUGGGCUGUGUAGGCUGUGCAGCUGCUGUGAUCCAGGUGUUUGGAUACGAGGGCACAGAUGUCCAGGUGUCCUGCCCCUACGACGAAGGCUACGAGGAUUACGAGAAGUACCUGUGCAAGAACAACUGCGGGAGCAGGGAUGUGCUCAUCACAACAUCAGAAAGUAACAAAACCAAAUACUCCAUCUCUGACGACACCAAGAGGAGAACCGUCAUCGUAACCAUCUCUGAUGUCCGGUCAGCCGAUGCUGGGAAAUACUGGUGUGCGGUCAGAAGGACGAUAAAAGAUUAUUUCACUGAAUCCCGGCCCCUGGAGCAGAAGUACCUGUGCAAGGGUAGUAGGCCCUCCACCUGCCUGCAGCAGGCCCUGGUCACCUCCGACCGCACGCCGGCCGGACGGUUCACACUCACCGACGACCGGACGUCCAGGUUCACCGUCAACAUCAGCGGCCUGACCGCUGAGGAUUCUGGGAGAUACCUGUCGGAGAACCUUACGGGCACCGUGGGGCGUCCGCUGACGUUGGAUUGUCCGUACCCAGCUCAGCACCGCACCAACAGGAAGUUCCUCUGUAAAGGAGAGACACGCAAAGGCUGCAGGGAUGUGACGAGCCAGGGUCGGUUCAGGCUGCACAACGCCUCCUCCAGCCCCUUUUCUGUCACCAUCUCCCCGCUGCAGGCCGGGGACGCCGGGACCUACUGGUGCGGCUCCGACCCGCUCUGGAGCCCUGGGAACUACACGAAGAUCCACCUGUCUGUAGAUGAGUCUCACUCCUCGGUCCUGGUUCACGUCCUGCCAGCCGUCCUGAUUCUGACCCUGCUGUCGGCCCUUGUCUUUGUCCUGGUUGUGAUAAAGAAACGCAAAAGACUGCAGGGCACUUUGUACACAGAACACGCCGAGCCA